AUGCACAGACUUGACGGAGAGGGAGGGCUCGGCAUGUUGUUCUGUGGGAGCAGCGACUUGUGCAGCGACGUGGAGGCCAGCGACUUGUGCAGCGACGUGGAGGCCAGCGACUUGUGCAGCGACGUGGAGGCCAGCGACUUGUGCAGCGGCGUGGAGGCCAGCGACUUGUGCAGCGAUGUGGAGGCCAGCGACUUGUGCAGCGACGUGGAGGCCAGCGACUUGUGCAGCGACGUGGAGGCCAGCGACUUGUGCAGCAACGUGGAGGCCGGCCACUUGUGCAGCGACGUGGAGGCCAGCGACUUGUGCAGCGAUGUGGAGGCCAGCGACUUGUGCAGCGAUGUGGAGGCCAGCGACUUGUGCAGCGACGUGGAGGCCAGCGACUUGUGCAGCGACGUGGAGGCCAGCGACUUGUGCAGCGAUGUGGAGGCCAGCGACUUGUGCAGCGACGUGGAGGCCAGCGACUUGUGCAGCGACGUGGAGGCCAGCGACUUGUGCAGCGACGUGGAGGCCAGCGACUUGUGCAGCGAUGUGGAGGCCAGCGACUUGUGCAGCGACGUGGAGGCCAGCGACUUGUGCAGCGACGUGGAGGCCAGCGACUUGUGCAGCGACGUGGAGGCCGGCCACUUGUGCAGCGACGUGGAGGCCGGCCACUUGUGCAGCGACGUGGAGGCCGGCCACUUGUGCAGCGACGUGGAGGCUGGCCACUUGUGCAGUCUGAAGAGAGGUAUAGUCAGCCCGAGACGUCGUGAGGGAGUGACUUACAGCCAGGGGGAGCUGUACAGUGAGGGGGAGAGAAACACGAUGCUGCAGAGCAGGGCAGUACAGUGCGGCGGAGAGGUGGUGAAGUGGAGCAGCGCAUCUUCUUGUGGAUGGAGAUGA